GCAGGAAAUUUUUACCAUUCGACUGUGUUGAAGAAAGUAUGGCGGAACAAUUUUCAAAUUGAAGUAAAUACUAAAAACUGACGGAUUAAUUCAAGUCAAGAUGUAACGAAUAUCUGUCUCCUUCGAAAACUGGUCCUGUUAUGGACAUCAGCAGUCAGUUGGUUGCUAGAACAAUUUCAGAAUCGAUCGUGGAACACUAAAACUUUGGAAGAAAGCUGGCUAGCUUCGCUUCAGUUUCCUCGAAUGUCGUUCAUGUCUCUCCUCCAUUUUUAAUAACGGGGACCAAAGUUACCAUUUAGUGGACAAGAUAUAAAAAACUUGUGAAAGGUGCAGUUGAGAGAAGGCAGAUAUGUUAUCAAAUAAGAGUAAAGAUAACGAGCGAGUUAAGAUGAGGGAAGAAGCAAAAAAGAAACGCGCACAGAUAGCAAGGGCAGCCAAAUUACCUCAUGUACAGCGCAACGAAAGCAAGUUUGGCGAUCUUGGAUUUGUAUCCGUCAAGGUUGACCCAGACUCUGAUGAUGCUUGGUCAAUUUGUUUAAAGAAUGGCCUUAUUGAUUACCGUGAACUGCUCUGUUCGUUUCCGACACGAGAAGAUUACCGCUACCUUGGCAUUGACAAUGUGCCGGGUACCCCGGAAGUCAACUUAUGUGCUACUGACGAUUCAUUCAGAUUUCCAAGACAAAUUCCUCGAGUGAAUGGCUUCAAAAAUGGUAUUGUAAAAGAUAAUAGCUCAUCGCUGACUCAUCCAUCUAAAAAUUCUGAGAAAGAAGAUGUUCCCAAUUCUGACGUCACAGACAAGGAUAGCAAGAGAUCGAGUAAAGAAGGCCCAAGUCAGGAAAUUUCGAACCAGGAGAAUUUGUUGGCAAAGAAGAGAUCCGGUGAAGAAAUGGGAGGUCUCAAUUCUUCGUUAGUAAUGCGAGUUAAAGAUGAACCAAUGAGUCCAAAAGUUGUACCUGACAAUGCAACCAACGAGGAGGCACCUCCUUCUGCGCAGAGUAACGAGGAUGCUGAGGCGAGACGGAGAGCUUCGUCUCAGCCAAAGGCAAAACCACCAGUGCUGAAAAUGCCAGACGCUAGCAAGCCAGCAAUGAAUACAAGUGAUAAGACUCAGAGGACACAUCCAAGCAAAAUAGAAAGCAUACUCAAGGAAAUGACAGAGAUCCUGCCUCCACUCACAGACAUUCAGACACCUGUAAAGUCCCAAGACACUCGUUUUCCAUUCCCACAACCACCCCCGUCAAAGGAAAAUUCAAAUCACAUGCUUCAAUCAGAUAAACAGAGCAAUGCAGCAAAAAGUGACGAGAACUGGACGAAUGAUUUUAUUACGUCAAGCGAUGACGAAUCGGAUAGAGAACAUGAGGGAAUUACGAAACCGGAGGCUGUUCUCGGUGCCAGUAAUCAACGGCUAUCGGCGUCUUCGUCCUCCUCAAGCGAUGCCAGCAGUUCUGAAUCCUCUUCGGACAGUGAGAGCUCGGACUCUGAGACGGAAUCCUCUUCAGGCCGGAAAGCCAUGAAAACUCCGUCAUUAAUGUUCAAUAGUGAACCUGGAAAUACACUAAACAGUUCAACGCCACACAGCCAAGGUAGAAGUGUACCAAGUUUAAAUGCUCCUGUCAAGAAAGCUCAGCGAGGCAAAGUUAUGUGUGGGGAGUUUUUAGAGAGGCAAGUUUCGCCUUUAAAUAGCAUUACUAAAGAAGUAAAGAGGGACGUGGAAAUCUCACCGUUUGCCAAUGAUCUAACUGACAUUGAAUCGGAUAUUAAGGACUCAAUUCUCUUGUCCGAAACGCAUUUGGACCCAGAGUCUCCCUUACAACCUGAGCCUCGCAUAGAUUUCACGUCAGUUGACCCAGCCACAGACAUUGAAACGAGUAUGGAACGAACUGAUACGCCAUUCAAAGGCAAAAUUAACCCGUCUAAUCAUUUUCGGUCAGAUAAUGAAUUAACGAUGAAUGCAGAAUUAACAGACCCCUCAUCAUUUGCGGAUGAUAUAAUGGACAGAUUCAUUUUUGAUCCCGAUUUUCCAAACACAGGUCAAGUUGAUGAUUUUGCAGAUAUAAUGAAUAUAGGGAAAAGUCCGUUUGGUCCAAAUUUCCCAAUCAUUGCAAUGGAGGCUGAAACACCAUCUGUUCCAACAGUUAAUAUCGACUCGUUAAACUUCGCAUCUGCUGAUGUAGAUUCCUCUAGUUCUGUUGGUAUUGAUAGAUCUAGGGGAGGAAAACGUCCAGCGGCCAGUAUUGUUGCUAAUAAUAACAUCGAUAGAAGUGAUGCAGAUCGUUUAGGGAACUCCAGUCUCAAUAGCUUUGGUAAAAAUAGUUCAUCCACGCCUUUGCAGGGAAAGCCCCAGAGUAAAAAAGACAUUGAGCAGGAAUGGUUUAGAAAAAUCAUUUCGCCAACAAAGAAAAAUUUUGACCUCCCGUAUGUAAUCCCGAAAAAUUGAUGAUUGGAAGUGGAGCCAAAGAGCCCCAAACGCCAGUAAAAGCCUCGAAAACUGGGCCACUAAAAGUUAGGAUUUCACUUGCAAAGGUUCAUUUUGGGAAACAGAGUACUAGCUCGGAAACAACGUCCACAAG